AUGAAUUGGUUGCUAUCCUACCUCCCCUUUAUCUUUCUUCUUGUUCCGACACCAAUGGUUGCAUCGGCUAACACGGAUUCCAGUGCCUUUCCAGAAAUUGAACCUUCGGUUAGUGUUAGUGUCCUGGUACGAAAUAAAGCCCAUAGUCUUCCCUACUUCCUACAUCAUUUAGAAGAACUUGACUAUCCAAAGAAGCGGCUUCAUCUGGACUUCCGCCUUGAUAAUACGAUCGACAGAAGUGCGAAAAUAUUGGAGUCCUGGGUAAAUCAAGUCCGAGAUCUUUACCACGGAAUUGAUCUGAACAUGGAUGAAACCAAUAUCCAUCCAGUUAGUCCAAAUUGGUCUGACGACCACCACAAGCACUUGAUCGGCUUGCGUCAAGCUGCUCUAGAUAGGGCUUAUGAAAUCAAUGCUGAUUUCCUCUUUUCCCUCGACGCUGAUGUAAUUCUCUUGAACAAUGCAACCCUAAGGCAGCUUGUCGAUGCUAGUGCCUUUCCAUCGAAGGAACAUCCAUCCCACGUUACUGUGAUUGCUCCAAUGCUCAAUUGCACAACUUCUGAUGUCUUCUCGAACUUUUGGGGUGAUAUGACUGAAGAGGGAUACUACAAGCGUUCUCGUGAUUACUUCGCCCUCCAACGUAGACAUAAAGUGGGUAUCCAUCCCGUAGCUAUGGUCCACACCGCUUUUCUAGUUAAUCUUCGUCACACGCGGAAAAAUAGAUUAGCUUUUGACCCACCUCCAGAGGGAUACAGUGGUCCGAAUGAUGAUAUUAUCGUAUUUGCUCGAAAUGCUCAAGCCAUGGAUAUUCCGUUUUACCUUGACAAUCGAGAUUUCUAUGGAUACUUCCCGCUCCCAUUAGACGAGGUGGAAAUCCCAAAAGCUUAUCGAAGUUCUGCGAAGUAUCUGUUAGAUCGAGAGGCUGAAGUGUUCCUUCACCUACGAUUGAAUACAGUAUUUGAUGAUGCAUUGCCGGAAGGAAUGGCUUUGAAGCAUUCUCCGCGAUUGGAUCAAUUUAUUGAAACUCCAGAACCGUCACUACUCGGAUUCGAUCAAAUUUAUCUGAUUAACUUGGAGAGAAGACCAGAUAGGCUGCGUAAAAUGAACUAUGCUCUACGGGAGCAGGGUAUUAAAGUGCAGUUGAUAAAAGCGACUGAUGGGAGAGAAUUGAAUCCUGAUAUCAUCAGAGCGUGGAAUAUUACCCAACUUUCUGGCUAUGCCGAUCCGUAUCACAAAAGGGCUCUCAAAUAUGGAGAAAUUGGAUGCUUCCUGAGUCACUACCGAAUUUGGCAGGACAUGAUAGAAAAUGACUACGAACGCAUCCUAAUUCUUGAAGAUGAUCUUCGUUUUGUGCCGGGUUUUACCAGACGUCUCACAGCAACAGUUAAAGAAGCAGAUGUCUCCUUGGCUGAUUGGGAAUUGCUAUAUGUGGGUCGAAAACGCAUGUCUAGUAAUGAGGUCAUGGUCAAGUCCACGAGACAUCUGGCCUAUCCCAGUUAUACCUACUGGACUUUGGCUUACGUGCUUCGACGCUCUGGAGCCCACAAAUUAAUGGCACAAAGACCUCUGGAAAAGAUGGUCGCGGUUGACGAAUUUCUGCCCAUAAUGUUUGACCGACACCCAAAUAAGAGAUGGUUAGCCCAUUUCGAGCCGAGAAAUCUUCUGGCAAUCUCCGCGGAGCCACUGCUUGUGGAACCACUUCGAUACACCGGAGAGCCAUUUUACGUGUCUGACACUGAGGACUCGGACAUUAUUCCUGAAUUCCUCUAUGCGGAUGGAGAGAAAGGAAGUGAACAUGAUGAAUGUAAUGAGAAAUGA